AUCACUGCUACGCGCUCAAUUCUUUUGUUGUGUUUUCUGUCGUUAAUUGUUUAGGAUUUUUAUUAGACUUCAUAUUCUUUCUAUUUUUAUUCUCAAUGGCAGAAAAAUUAAAGAAAUGCCCGUAUGGCGAGCAGUGUUACCGGAAGAAUCCCAUACAUUUUGGCGAGUUUUCACAUCCUCAUUUGGACAAGAUUUAUGAGAACGGAUUGGACUCCAAAACUAGCAAGUAUGUUAUACCUGACGACUUAUUUAUGUCGGCGGAACUAAUAGAAACACAAUUAAAACUGUUGGAGAAAUUAUUUCCAAAGACAAAGAGUAGGGGAAGUAGCAGCGAGAUUGGAAACUCUGAUGGAAAAGGUAUUGAUAGCAUUAGAAGUUCCCGUUGUUUGGAUGGUGGCAAAAUUAAAGCUGAUUCUGUAAAGCGUAGCAAAUCACCAGUGGCUAGUACAUCUGCUAGCUGUGGGCUACCAUCUAACGCAACAAGCAUUUCUUCAACUGACAAUUCCAAUCUUUCCAAAAAAGCCAAAAUAACUAGAAAUAUCAAAGACUACAUACCAGUAGUUUUGGAAAAGGGUCAUGCUGCCGAUAAACUUGAACGUGCUGCACCAUAUAAUUUCUUUCUUACGGCAAUUACGGAUGCUAAACUUACUCAUCAUGAGCCACUCACUAUAACAUUUCAAGAAAUUCUAGAUGAGAGCUUAGGCGAGAUUGAAUCAUCCGUGCAAAUAAACUUUAUGGUAGAAAUCGGAUGGUUGCUUGGACACUAUUAUUUCGCUGGCAUAAUGGGUACUCCGCUACUUAUUCUCUAUGGAGAUGAAACACCAGAGUUAGCAAAUAUAUCAAAAACUCAUCCGGAGGUCACAGCCGUCAAAGUUAAUAUGCCAACGCCAUUUGCAACUUCUCACGCUAAAGUAAUGCUUCUGGGCUACACAGAUGGCGGCAUGCGCGUCGUAAUCUCAACAGCGAACCUCUAUGAAGAUGAUUGGCACAAUCGUACGCAAGGUAUUUGGAUAAGCCCAAAGUUACCAGCGCUACCUGCAAAUGUAGAUACAACGGCUGGGGAAAGUCCCACAAAUUUUAGGCACGAUUUGAUGUUGUAUUUAGUGGAAUAUAAAAUAGCCAAACUACAACCGUGGAUAGCCCGAAUACGCAAAACAGAUUUUAGUUCCAUAAAUGUCUUCUUCAUAGGUUCAACGCCUGGUGGCUUUCGCGAAGGUCCCCGUGGUUACUCUUGGGGCCAUGCACGUGUCGGCGAAUUAUUACAGAAAUAUUGCACAGCAGUUGACGCAAGGGUGCCAGUAAUAUGUCAAAGCUCAAGCAUCGGUAGUUUGGGUCCAAAUAUACAAACUUGGAUACAACAUGAUUUUCUCAAUAGCCUGCGCAAACAUUCCGGACCACCAGGGCUUACACAUUUUCCACCAUUCAAAAUGAUUUACCCCAGCUUUGGCAAUGUAAGCAACAGCCAUGAUGGCUUGCUAGGUGGUGGAUGCCUGCCCUAUGGCGCAAGUACUAAUGAUAAACAGUCGUGGCUGCGGGGGCAUCUAUUUCAGUGGUGCUCAAAACAGCGUUACCGUUCGCAAGCAAUGCCGCACAUAAAAAGUUACACACGUAUGAAAUUGGAAGACCAAUCUAUUUAUUGGUUUAUGUUGACCUCGGCAAAUUUAUCGAAAGCAGCGUGGGGUGCCUUCAAUAAGAAUGUUAACAUUGCACCAUGUUUAAGGAUCAUGAACUAUGAAGCAGGUGUGCUGUUCCUGCCGAGAUUCGUGACCGGUGAGGAGACGUUUCCCUUAGGACACGUUCGUGAUGGUAUACCAGCAUUCCCGCUGCCCUAUGAUGUGCCACUUACACCAUAUACACCUGAUGAUAAACCAUUUUUAAUGGAUUAUCUGCAUCAGUAGUAACACCGUUAAUCGUUAUUAUUCAGCUUAAGUCAUACACCAACUCAUUUACACAUACACAUACAUAUAUAAGUACAUGAACUACAUAAAAUAUAAAAUGAAAAUUGCUGUUACAUGAGCAAGCGCUCGCUUUUAUUAUUCAAAUGUCUAAUUAAAAAAAAAACUAAUUUUUGAACACAAUAAAUGUACUUACGAUUUUCAACAA